UUGAAUAACACGUUCUGGAGGCGGCUUUUCAAAUCACCCGUUACCAGGCAGUUCAUACUGCAAUGCCAUUCACACGGAGAACAUCUAAUCGGGCUUGCAAAGAAUUAGCAAUGGCUCGGAUUGUUGCCUGUUUAAACUCACCACAAGAACUUGGACUUGACCUAAAAUAUAACAAAGUUUUAUCUUCGAAAUUUGAUUCCUGUCUAAGAUCUCGAAGUGUGACGCGCUCAGAUACCUAUAAGUCCCCAGUUAAGAAAUUGUCAGAGACUUACCGAUGUUCACCUCAAAAAACCCCGAAGUCACUUUUCAAUACAAGCUGUUUGAUUAAAAGAAGAGAAACUACCUUAAGUACGAAUCCUCACUAUCCAGUAGAUAGCGAAGGUUCAUCUGAUGAAAGUUCUAGCUCGACAAGUGAAUCUAGUUUCACAACAUAUGAUUCAUCAGAUUCUUCUGAUUUCACCUCACAACAAUUCCAAUACAAAAACAAAUUUAAAAGUCCUUUAGUAAAGUCGUUUACUUUAAAAAGAACAACGACCAAUUUAUCUGCCAAUAAAAGCUCUGUAUCAACACAUCGAAAGCGUGCUCUUAGUCAAGUGUCUGGUGAUGGAUUUUUACUUAAUUUAAGUUCUACGAAUCCGGAAUAUGGAUGGUUACCCGGUCGUGAACAAGAGUUUGAAAAUAUUUAUACAUUCAUACUUAAUAAACUCUCUCAAAAUUCUGGCGGCUGUAUGUACAUAUCUGGUAUCCCUGGUACGGGUAAAACAGCAUCAGUCCAAGCUGUAUUGUCUACGAUGCAUAAAUUAGUUACUGAUUCAGGUUUGGAAAGCCAAAUACCUGCUUUUAAAGUGAUCUAUGUUAAUGGUAUGCGUGUCAGUGAUCCUAAACAGGUUUACGUGCAGAUAUAUGAACAAUUAACUGGUUUGACUGCAACCCUGAAAUGUGCUUCUGACUUACUAGAAAAAGAAUUUUGUCAUAAUGUGGUUAAAAAAAUAUCACAUAGUAAGGUUUCUGAAAAGCCGGUUAUUUUAGUCAUUGAUGAAUUGGAUUUGUUGUGCACUCGUCGACAAGACAUACUUUACAGUCUUUUCGAUUGGCCUACACGCCAUAAUAACCGUCGUGUUUUGAUAGUAUUGGCUAUUGCUAAUACCAUGGAUCUGCCAGAACGUCUACUCCAUCCACGAGUGGCCAGUCGUUUAGGGUUAACUAGACUUACUUUUGCACCUUAUUCUCACGAACAACUUGCUCAAAUUGUGCGACAUCGCUUAUCGUCUUUAUCAGAGAUGUUUCAACCUAAAGCACUUGAGUUGGCUGCACGUAAAGUGGCUGCUGUCUCUGGUGAUGUACGACGCGCUCUUGAUAUAUGCAAAAGAGCUGGUGAAAUUGUUUCAUCUAGCGGGAAGGCUAAUCAAGAAAUAGAUAUUUCGCAUAUUAAUGCCGCUUUAGAAGAGAUGUUCACUACACCGAAAUCAGCAGCCAUACGUGCCUGUUCAUUAUAUGAGAAAUUGUUUCUUCGCGCCGUUAUAGCUGAGUUUCAGGCGCGUUCAACAGAAGAAGCUCGAUUAGAUCGAUGUAUUCAGCAAAUGCUAGCACUUUGUCGACUUGAAGGUGUUCCAUGUCCAACCACAUCAGAAGUAUUUGCUAUUUGUACCAGUCUUGGAGCGCACAAGUUGUUGUUAACCGAAAGGUCACGAUGCGAUAUUACAAUGCUUGUACGUCUCAAUUGUACAAAGUCAGAUAUACUAUACUGUUUAAACACACAAUCCGACGUAUAAAUCUAACAUAACUGGAUAAAUUAAUCUCAACUUAAUGAGUAGUUAUCCAAUCAAUCAUCUUUGUGUUCAAGAUUAUAUAGUGUUUAAAAGACAAUAUACGAAUGUACAUGUAUUUCGAUAAAUUUCUCUAUUUAUUUGAUUUUAGUCCGUGCUUACAAAUCGACCAUUCAUAAAUACAGAAUUUACAAUUAUUUUUUAUGAAUCGAUGCAUUCAAAACAAUACAACAUAACCAUUUUGGCAUAUUGCAAUCAUAUUUGUUAGAUAAGAGUUUAUCCCCUUAUUCCUUUUUCAAUUGGU